UUCCGCUCAGUCCAGUUGAGUCCGGCACUGCGGCAGGACGCCUGUUCCCCACACUGUGUUCCCUCAGCAGACCCGGCUCCGCACUGCACGGUGAAUCAUGAGCACCAGCUACAGCGUCUCUCUGGUUGGCCCUGCCCCUUGGGGCUUCAGACUGCAAGGGGGGAAGGACUUCUGUCUUCCCCUCACCAUCUCUCGGCUGACUGAUGGGGGCAAAGCAGCCAAGGCUAAGAUCAACGUGGGAGACAUCAUUCUGUCUAUUAAUGGUAUUUCCACAGACAGCAUGAAUCACCUAGAGGCCCAGAACAAGAUCAAAGCUUGUACAGGACAGCUGGACCUGACUCUGCAGAGAGCCCCUAGCGUCCCUAAAGACGGAGUACCUAAGGAUGAACCUCAAGAAAUCGUUAAGCCUGUCCCAAUCACUCACCCUGCCCCAUGCACCACAUACACAAGGCCGUCCAGUCAGCCCAGUGCUGCCUACAACAAGACAGCCCGGCCAUUUGGUGGGGAUAGCAGUGCUGGCACAGCCACUUCCUCCCUGAGUGCCCCCAAGGUAGCCUCCAUCCCCUCUGAAUCAUCUGCUUUCACGCCAGCUGCCCCUUCUCAACAGCCACAGCCUCCAUUUCCGCUGAAGUCAAGCCUCCUUGCCCCAGACUCAGCUCCAGCCAAUUCAGUUCCCAGACCCGGCUCUGGUCGCUCCACUUUCACCUCCCCUUCUGCCUCUUCCUCCUCAUCUAAUUCCUCCUCUCCAUCCAGAGUGACAGCCCCCUCCUCCAAUCCCACUGUCCCACAGCCCUCUGUUUAUAACUCACCCAUCAACCUCUACUCGAAUACCAAUGCCUGUGAGGUGGCUAUGGGGCAGAGACGGGGCCUUCUGGAGAGCCAAGGGCUGGCAGAGCAGUUCAAUGGUGAGCCUCAGAACAUUCCUAAAAAUCUACCUCCAACUAGACCUCGGAGGAAAUCUGGCACAGAGGCUGAAGUGAACCACGCCUCGCCGCUCAGCGAUGCCAGCAGGAAGCGCCUGGUUGAGGACACGGAGGACUGGCACCCACGAACUGGCACCAACCAGUCGCGCUCCUUCAAGAUGCUCGCCCAGCUCACCGGCACUGAGAAUGAGCAAGUUCCAGAGAACAGUGGAAAGAAUGAGGCAACUGAAGAAACCUCCAUCAGCGCUCACGUCUCAUCUCCAGCAAAAACAUUUUCCAAAGCUGCAGGCCCCCCCAGGAAUGGCAACGUCCCUUCAUCUGUGCUCAAAGCUCCUGCAGCACAGAGCAAGCCCUCCUAUCAGCCUGGAGGUCCUUCAGGCUUUCCUAAGGGUGGAGCUGCUCCUUCAUUUGGCAAGGUCAGUAGCCCUGCUCCCAAAGGUCCGGACCGCCCCACUCCACAGCCACACCCACAGGACUUGGACUCUCUGGUGCAGCGGGCUGAGCAUAUCCCAGCUGGCACACGCACCCCCAUGUGCAGCAAAUGCAACACUGUCAUCAGGGGCCCAUUCCUUGUGGCCAUGGGCAUGUCCUGGCACCCUGAGGAAUUCAACUGUGCUCACUGCCAUGCCUCCCUGGCAGACCGUGGAUUUGUCGAGGAGAGGGGCCAGGUGUACUGUGAACAAUGCUACGAGCAGUUCUUUGCUCCCACCUGCGCCCGCUGCCACCAGAAGGUCCUGGGUGAAGUCAUGAAUGCCCUGAAACAGACCUGGCAUGUGUCCUGCUUUGUAUGCGCCGCCUGUCAGCAGCCGAUCAGGAGCAAUAUGUUUCACCUGGAGGAUGGACAGCCAUACUGUGAAAAAGACUACUACAGCCUGUUUGGGACAAACUGCCACGGCUGUGACUUCCCCAUCGAGGCGGGGGACAAAUUCCUGGAUGCUCUUGGGUUCACCUGGCAUGACACCUGCUUUGUGUGUGCGGUCUGCAGCACUAAUCUGGAAGGCCAAGCGUUCUUCUCCAAAAAAGACAAGCCCUUGUGCAAGAAACAUGCCCACACUGUUAAAAUCUGAGCUGCCUUGAGUACUUAAUAUGAGAC